AUGGACACAAAUAACAACAAAAUUAAGCAACUAGCAGAAAAUUUACAAGCUGUAAAUGAAUCUCUAACGGAGGUAACCAAAGUCCAAGCAUCAUCUUCAGAAGAAAUCAAGAUUAUUACCCAACAACUUCAGCAUCAUUCCAAACAAUGUGAUGAAAACACAGCGCAAAUUGUGCUACUAAAGUCAACAUUGGACUGUCUUGGUGAUAUACAAAACACUUCUUCAACUACAGAAUGUCGCAUGUCUUCUCAACUGCUGAUUACUGGAGUUCCACAUAGCAUAAAUGUUGAUUUGACACCAAACCAAAUAGUCCACCAAAUAUUCGACAAGCUUGGCAUCGCAAAUCUUACAAAUGAUGUGCUGCUAACCAUUCGUGAGUUCAAAGAAUCUGGUCUGUAUUGUAUACCUUACGGUCCCACAUUUCACACAACUGAAACAGAAUCAUGGUUGGAUGUCAUUAUUAUUGAUAAUGAAGAUAAAUUAGGAAGAUAUUCAAAGUCUUCACUUCCAUUCAUUGGUGGGCAUGAUUACCUUCUUUGUGAAUACAGAUUAGAAUCACCAAUUAAAUAUGAUAAAAAAGUUAAAUUUCGAGACUUCAGAAAUUGCAAUCAUGCAGCUCUAGCAAAUGAUCUAAAUAGUAAACUUAAUCAAAUAAAUAUAAACUUCGAAGAAGCUGACCCAAAUGAUCUAACUUCAUACUUCAAUGAAUCAAUCAUAGCUUCUUUAAAUAACUUUCCACCACUUACAGAGAAAAAAUUAAAACGUCCAAAUAAUCCUUGGUUACUAAAUGCAUUAAGACGUGAAUUCCGUGAGCAUGAUACACUAUAUAAACGCGCACGUCGCACAGGUGAUCAAAAUCUACUCAGGCUCUACAAAAUGAAGAGAAAAGAUCUAAAAAAUAAGCUAAAUAUCGCCAGAGAUAUUUAUUUCAAAACUAUUCUAGAAAACUCAUCGCACAAAUCAAAUGUAUGGACAGAUCUAAAACGUGUGGGUAUUAUCAAGCCUAAGAAAUCAUCGCCAUUAGAUCAUUUUGAUGCAAAAAAUUUGAAUAUUUUUUAUGAAAAUAUUCUAAAGAAACACCCCUCAUGUUCCAGAGAUUUUAUUUUUGAGUUAUCUGCUUAUACUUCUAGAAAAGUAACCAGCUUAUUAAAUUGGAAACAAAUAGAUAUUGUUGAUGUCACUAAAAAUCUCCAACUGACUCUACAAAAGUCCAAAGGAAAAAGUCCUGAUGGUCUAGACAUUAAAUGGCUGAAAGAUCAUUUACAACAAGUAUCUAUCUUUUUAAUGAACAUCCUAAAUCGUUCUCUCGAAACAAGCAUAUUUCCUGAAGCUUGGAAAUCGGUAUUUAUUGUUCCAUUAAACAAGAUAAAUUCAGCAAAAUCCAUGUCAGACACAAGACCGAUAGCAAAUUUGUCUCAUUUUGCUAAGGUAUUUGAACGCAUCAUUGCAAAUCAAUUGAUCGAGUACCUUGAAUUAAACAAUCUCCUUGAUGACUAUCAGUCAGGAUUCAGAAAAUUUCACAGCACCCAAGGGGCUCUGCUACUCUUAACCGAGGAAAUCAGAAGAGCUAUUGAUAGAGAAGAUCUUACCUACCUCAUCUUAUUUGAUUUCUCGAAAGCUUUUGAUUACGUAAACCCAAAAAUUCUAUAUAUUACUAUGUACGAAAUGGGUUUUUCGAUUAAAGUAAUCUGCUGGUUUCAAUCUUACCUAACACGUCGAUCACAAUCAGUUCUUGAUCUGAGCUCUGUACCAUCAAGUCCAAUGAGUACUACCUCUGGAGUUCCGCAAGGAUCAAUUCUAGGUCCUAUUCUCUUCCUAAUCGUUAUAAACGGUGUGGCAAAACGACUAAAAUACACCAAACAUGGUCUCUUCGCUGACGACAAAUAUACAUAUCUCCACUUCAAACUCUAUGAAUUGAAUAGAGCAGCCUAUAAAUUGAAUGUUGAUGCACAAGCAGUAGCUGACUGGGCCAGAGAAAAUGGAAUUGAGAUUAAUCUUCAAAAAACUAAAGUCAUGAUCUUAGGAAGUAAUAGCAAAUUGAAGUUACUCGAAGGCUAUGAUCUUCCCCAGAUAACCAUUGACGGAAAGGUUAUUCCAUACGUAAAUUCAACUAAACAUCUGGGAAUUUACUUAACAAACAAUCUCUCCUGGGACAUCCAUGUUGCACAUAUUACUCGAAAGGUUUAUGGAGCACUAAAUAGCCUUAAACAUAGGAAGAAUAUACUCUCCACAUACACUCGCAAAUUAUUAAUAACUGCCACAAUUCUUCCGAUAAUCGAAUACUGCUCAUUAGUGUUGCUGGAUUCCUCCAAACGAUUGGAUUAUAAAUUGCAAAGAUUAAUAAAUAAUUCAAUUAGAUUCAUAUUGGAUUUGAAACGAGAUGAACAUAUUACUCCUCAUAGACUUUCUCUAAAGUGGCUAAACAUUAAGACAAAGAGAUUGUAUUGCUUGGCGUGCUAUUUCUAUAAACUGUUAUCCACUGGUGAACCAAAAUUCUUACGGAAUUUAUUCAUAGAAGAGGACCAAGACAUUAGACGAUCAGAAAGAAUAGCAGAAAAAUACAAUAACGUCAUGUUUAAAAUACCACACUUUACUACAAAAUCAUAUGAACAUUCAUUUGUGGUGUCAGCGAUACGGCUUUGGAGAGAACUGCCCAUUGAAAUAAUCGAAUCUCAUAGUUUGGAAACAUUUAAAACAAAAGCUUUUGAAUUUUUCAUGAAAUUAGAAACUGACGGUAAAUUGUAA